AUGUCUAGAAGGAACCCACCAGGCGGUAGAAAUGGAGGAGGUCCGACUAAUGCCUCUCCCUUCAUUAAAAGAGACAGAAUGAGGAGAAAUUUCUUAAGAAUGAGAAUGGGUCAAAACGGCAGCAACUCUAGUUCACCAGGGCUGUUAAAUGGUAAUGGCGACGAAGGGUCUCUCGUGAAGAAGGACGAUCCUGAGUACGCUGAUGAAAGAGAAAAAAUGCUCCUGCAAAUCGGCGUUGAGGCCGAUGCUGGCAGAAGCAAUGUCAAAGUAAAAGACGAGGGUCCAAAUGAAUACAAUGAAUUUCCUCUAAGAGCCAUUCCAAAGGAGGAUUUAGAAAACAUGAGAACGCAUCUUUUGAAAUUCCAAAGUAAGAAAAAGAUAAAUCCUGUGACAGAUUUCCAUUUGCCCGUCAGAUUGCAUAGGAAAGAUACAAGAAACUUGCAAUUUCAGCUGACAAGAGCAGAAAUUGUCCAAAGGCAAAGAGAGAUUUCCGAUUAUAAGAAGAAAGCAGAGCAAGAAAGAGGUACACCCAAUCCGGGCAAUAUGAAUAAACCAAGUACGACCCCACUCAAUAAUUUCACUAAGGUUGGCUCUCAAACCCCUGCUACUGACUCUGUUAGCAAAGGGAGUCCGGCAGACGGUGCAAGCUCUUUUACUGGUGCAGCAGCCACUUCUUCUGUUGCCUCUGAUACUCCUACCUCUGUAUCUGCUGUUGAAAAUAGCGUAGCCGCAAAUGCCUCAAGCACUGUAGCUAGGGACUCGGAUGGUAACACAGCUGCAGCGAACCCCGCCAAUGACAAGCUUUUAGUGACGAAACUGGAAGACGCAGGUCCAGCCGAAGACCCAACCAAAGUAGGAAUGGUCAAGUAUGACGGAAAAGAAGUGGCUAAUGAACCCGAAUUUGAAGAAGGCACCAUGGAUCCGCUAGCAGAUGUGGCUCCAGAUGGAGGUGGUAGAGCUAAACGAGGCAAUUUGAGAAGGAAAACACGUCAAUUAAAGGUUCUGGAUGAGAAUGCCAAGAAAUUGAGAUUUGAAGAAUUUUAUCCAUGGGUCAUGGAGGAUUUUGAUGGGUAUAACACAUGGGUGGGCUCCUAUGAAGCUGGCAAUUCAGAUUCUUAUGUCUUGUUAAGUGUAGAGGAUGAUGGUAGUUUUACCAUGAUUCCUGCCGAUAAGGUUUAUAAGUUUACUGCAAGAAAUAAAUACGCUACCUUGACUAUUGAUGAAGCAGAAAAAAGGAUGGAUAAGAAAAGUGGUGAAGUGCCACGUUGGUUAAUGAAGCAUUUGGAUAAUAUAGGUACAACUACAACCAGAUAUGAUAGAACGAGAAGAAAGCUUAAAGCGGUUGCCGACCAACAGGCCAUGGAUGAAGAUGAUCGAGAUGAUAAUUCUGAAGUGGAGUUAGACUAUGAUGAAGAAUUUGCAGAUGAUGAAGAGGCACCAAUUAUAGAUGGUAAUGAACAAGAAAAUAAAGAAUCGGAACAGAGGAUCAAGAAGGAAAUGUUGCAAGCUAACGCAAUGGGUCUCCGUGAUGAAGAAGCUCCAUUAGAAAACGAAGAAGAUGAAUUAUUUGGCGAGAAGAAGAUUGAUGAAGACGGUGAAAGAAUUAAAAAGGCUUUACAAAAGACUGAAUUGGCAGCAUUAUACUCUUCAGAUGAAGACGAAAUCAACCCGUACCUGUCUGAAUCUGAUAUAGAAAACAAAGAAAAUGAAUCACCAGUUAAAAAAGAAGAAGAUUCUGACAGUCUUUCCAAAUCUAAGAAGUCAUCCCCUAAAAAACAACAAAAGAAACUUGCGAAUGUUCUUGUACAUAAAGAGUCAAAUUUGAGAGUGAAGAGUAUCAAGAACUGUGUUAUUAUCUUGAAGGGGGAUAAGAAAGUACUUAAAAACUUUCCGGAGGGUGAGUGGAAUCCACAGGCUGCAAAAAAUACAGCUACCAGUAGUAACGGAUCAAAUGUGGUACCUUCGCUCAUCAAGGGCGAAAGGGAGGCGAACUCUGUAGAAGUUGAAAGGGAAGAAACUCCAGUUCCUCUGAUAACAGAUCAAGAUAUUAUUGAUGCUAUUGGUGAUGGAAAAGUCAAUGUAAAAGAAUUUGGUAAGUCCAUUAGAAGAAAAUACCCUGGUGCAGAGAACAAGAAGCUAAUGUUUGCCAUAGUCAAAAAACUAUGUAGAAAAGUGGACAACGAGCAUAUGGAAUUAAAGAAUGAGCAAGUUAAUUUAUAA